CUGAUCGUCUCCAGCCGCGAGUUGUUUUCGGAGCGCUGCAGCCAGGCGGGCGGGCGGAGGGAGGGGGCAGGCGCGGGCUCUCUUUUGUUGCAUGGGUUUUUAGCCGCUGUUGUGAGUGGGGUGGGGGGGAUCUUCCCCGCCCCUGGUUUUUACCCCCCGUUUUAACCCAUUGCAGCCAGCUCCGACCCUCCCUCCCCCCCAUGAGCGGGACCGUCUCUGCCCCCCCCGCCGGGGCCAUGCCCGCCAUCCCCUACCCCGUGCAGCUGGGGCUGACGGCGCUGCACACCGCCCUGUACGCCGCCCUCUUCCUCUUCGCCUACCUGCAGCUCUGGCUGCUGCUCUGCUACGGGGAGAAGCGGCUGAGCUACCGGCCGCUCGGCCUCUUCCUCUGCCUGCUGUGGGCAGCGCUCCGCACCGUGCUCUUCUCCUGCUACCUGCAGAACUCCCCGCGGGCCGCCCCGCUGCAGCGCCAGCCCUUCCCGCACUGGCUGCUCUUCUGCUCCCCGGGCUGCCUGCUCUUCGCCAGCCUCUGCCUCCUCAACCUCUACUUCGCCGAGGUUAUAUUCAAAGUCAAAUGUGCAGCAGAAUUCAAUAAGUACAAGGUCCUGUUGUAUCUGGGUUCCAUAUUUACAAGCCUUCUCUUUCUUGUUGUGAAUUUAACUUGUGCAAUGCUUAUCCAUGGAGAUGUCCCAGAGAGUCGGCUGAGAUGGACAGUAUUUGUUCGGGCACUAAUCAACGACAGUCUCUUCAUUCUUUGUGCCGUUUCAUUAGCUUGUUGUAUGUGCAAACUUGCAAAAAUGUCAUCGGCAAACGUCUACCUCGAGUCAAAGGGCACAUCUGUCUGCCAGGCUCUCCUUGUCGGUUCAGUAGUUGUUCUUCUGUACUCUUCAAGGGCUUGCUAUAACCUAGUAGCAGUGGCUAUAUCUCCGGAGAAUGUUCCUAGUCCAUUUAAUUAUGGCUGGGACAACCUUUCAGAUAAGAUGCACGCAGAAGAAGUCAGUGGUGAAGAAUAUGUGGUGUUUGGAGUAGUCCUCUUCCUCUGGGAGCUUGUGCCAAUCAGUUUUGUGGUGCUGUUCUUCCGGGCUCAGAGGCUAACUCAGAACUUGACACCAGCUGGCAUGGUGAACAGUCAUAGUUAUAGCUCCAGAGCGUACUUCUUUGACAAUCCAAGGCGAUACGACAGUGACGAUGAUUUGCCAAGACUUGGUGCAAGAGAAGGAGGAAGCUUGGCUACCCCUCCGUGCUCCGGCUGGUAUGGCACUCUGACUGAGAGCGAUAGCUGUGCGGUUAUUCCCUGUCUGAGUGGACCUAAGCCGGACACCGCCCCACUGCUCUUCACGUGUAGUGAUUUGGAAGCUAACAAUCACCACAGCUUAUACUCCACGCCGCAGAACUGAAGAGCCCGCCAAGAUUCGCUUCUCUUGGGGCGGCUUUCGUGGGAGUCCGAUCAUUCUCCAAACAUCUAACUCCAUCUGCACAAACAUUCCAUUCUCUCUUGCAGCUGUAACCCAGGACCUGGAGACUUAGGCUGCAUGUGGUAUGUAAAACUGUUACUCAUGGUACCAUGUAGCAAAGGGAAGGUGAAAAAUCUCUGGGAGCUUUUUUGGGGGGAUGGGGGGGGGGUCCAGUCUUCUCAAGAUGCUCAUUGGCAGCUAGAAGCACCAGAGCUGACUCACUAGACCAACAUCAAAUGCGUAUUUGCACUUUUAUCUGCACGUUCUGAAGGAACACCUCACACUCAGACUUCCAUGUUCCCCUUUUAAUUGCACAUCUGUAGCUGGGAGCGGUGCGGUCGUCCUGCGAAGACGGGCGCGUCGAUACGCAGGCCGUGCUGCACUCUGCGACCUGAUCCGCUCCAAGGACAAAUGUGCCCUCUUCAGAGAAACUGUGUGGGAUUUACACUAAUGAAGAAAGUUACCUAAUGUAUAAUGUGCCAUAUUCACGCAAGACAAAUGUAGUGUCUCUUUGCUGGGGAUGUGGGCUUACUCUAACUCGGUCCUCGGGGCAGCGGACUGCUAAAACACUCUUGGCGGGACUGUGGGUUACCUUCAAGCAUGAAUGUUGUGAAGGCCUUUAAAAGCCUGAACUCAAUGGCUUCUACUAGCACGAAGGUCACGGAACAGUAACCAGCUCUGCUCUUUUAAACAGAAAAAUGCCACCUAGAGGGAACAGAGUGAGUGUGGUUACCGUGGUGAGAGCAUGUGGCAAUGAGGCCUGCUCCUUGCAGGGUGGCUUCUUCAAGCAAACCUCGCAGUCAGUCUGGAUAAGAGUGACGUGAGCAUUUUAUUUUGGCCCAAACCUAUACAUAACCCAGCUUCUUUCAUACUAGUGGAGCCAGUGCUUAAUCUGCCUUAGGGAGAACAGCAAUUUUAUAUUUAUCCUGACUGAAUAUAAGCUAGAGGUCAUUCUUAGAACAUGAAAACUUCUUUGCUUUCAUGGCUGCUUUCUCUGACUGAAAUCACGAAGCCUGCAGUGUGGUGCCUGCAUGCCAUUAUUUGGGACUGCCUCAAAACUGAGUUCUCCUGUCUCUUCAGACUGUUUGAGGAAUAAGUGUCCCAUGACAUUCCACUGACUGCACUGUAAGAGUAGUGCAAUGUGACCUGAACUAGGGGGGGCCCCCACAUUGAAGUAUUAGAUAAAUGUUGGCAUCUCAUUGCAGGGCGUGCACUGGAGGGUGGGUCUAGUGAGGGAGAAGCAUUUAAUGGAAUGGUGUAGGUUGGUUUGGUUUUAACAUCCAGGAUUUUAUUCUGGCAGGAUGUUGGCCUUUAAAUCACUUUUUUUAACUGUCUAAAAGCACCCUAUUCAAAACAGGAAAGCGAGAUGUGGCCGUAAGGAUGCACAGGUGUUUGGAUUAGGCUCUAAAGUGAGCUCUUAAAUACACUGUUGGUUUACACAGAUUAGUAGCUCCUACAAGGAAAAGCAUGCCUCUGUGGCAAAGCUGCUAUCUCCAGCCUGUAGUAGACUUCCCCCAGGAUCUCCCCACCUUUGGCAUUCCUUUAGAAGCUUAAACUGGAAACGGUUGGCAUAUGUUGCUGAUCAGCAGGACCAGCUCCUGCCAUCAACUGCAUGCACUUUCCAAGGGUGUGCUUUGUUUUUAAACUUGAAUUAAGAUUUGAUGUUAGAGUAAAACUUCACUGAGGGACUGAACAGGGCCAUAUAGUCUGUAGGACAGUGGGGGAAGUGUCCUCCCCGUAGACAAGUGGGGAUACCGCUGGCACAUGGAACAUGACUGAAGUGACUGUCGAGCCUUUAAAAUGCUGAUUCCCAGGCUCACAGCUGUAUGGUGGGAUGGGCGUGCGCGCACACAGACAGACACUUUUUUCCAAGAAUAAACUCUUGGUUCUCAAAGAAGGUAGCAGAGACUUGGGGGCAGGCCUAGGAUGUGUGUGGGAAAACAUUUGAGCGCCACGUGAGCAUAUCAACAUCCUUGCUGUUACUGAGUUACUUCUGAACCCCCUCUCUGUACAACCCCCACCCAGAAACUGAGCAGCUGGCUCGAGGUGUAGCAGGUCCUCUAAUGUCCUCAUUUUACUCUCUUGCUCACUGGUCCGAAACCAAGGCAACCCGUGCUCUUUCCUCUAAAGGCUCGGAGACUAUUCUUGGCAGAUCACUGGAUCCUUCUCGCUCAAAUACUUGAGCUAGAAAGGACUUUUCUUUUAGCUACCAUUGUACGACCCGUCUCAUUGCCUAGGGUGGGAUUCAGAAACCGGUUGCUCUGUCUUGAUCGCCGCUUGACUUAUGGUGAAACUAGCUAAGGACCUGGACUCCAGCCGCAGCCCUUCUCUUCCCCUCCCAUAAGUCACCAAAGACGCAAAGUUCAGCCACUGGCCCCUGUUCUUGCUUAAAAGAAAAAAAUAAAAAAAAAAGUCCAAAGCACUAGGAGCACUUUAAGUUUUCCUUUAGAGGGAAGGGAGUGUUGCGCCAAAAAAAAAAGGGCUACCGGCUCAUUGUUCAUAUUGCACUGACGCACAGAACGACAAGAUGAUCUUCCUCUCAUUAGGAUCACAGAUCAGGGCGGUGAGUCUCGUUGCUUAAGUGUGUACCAGUGAGUGACUAGCAAAUGUUUUGUUUUUUAUUACUUUGUAUGGAUGGCCAUUAAUGUCAGAACUGCGACUGCUCGGAGUGGGGCCGGCCUUGUGUUUUACUGAAGUAAUUUAUAGCUGACGUGUACAAUGACUUUUAUAUGCAUAGUUGCCUUUCAUUCCAUUUUUUUUGGUAACGGUUUAACUGUUUCUCAGCUUCGCAGCCAGUUGAGAGCUGGUUGCACCAGGAAGCUGUGGCCAAUGAAUGUACCUAUUUGUUGUUGUUCACUAAACUGUAACCAAGCACUACUAUGUUGAAUAAAAAAAAUCUUCUGUGCUA